AUGGAGCCCCCGGCAUCUGCCCGCAUCCCCAUCGCCUUUGCUGGACAGGUCAGCAACGAAGCUCAAAGGACGUUGGAUGAGGUUGAGCGCUUCGUCCAGGAGAAAUGCAUUCCAGCCGAUGCUGUCUUUGCGCAAAUGCUCGGCAAAGCAGCCGAGGAGCGCUUCGCCGCUCACCCACGGAUUCUGGAGGAUCUCAAGGAAGAAGCACGUCGCAGGGGAUUAUGGAAUCUGUUUUUGCCGAAGGGGCAUUAUGCUGAAGGAGCCGGUUACAGCAAUCUCGAAUAUGGUUUGAUGGCUGAGCAGCUUGGCAAGAGCCAAAUCGCAAGUGAGGCCAUGAACUGCUCGGCGCCUGAUACUGGAAAUAUGGAAGUCCUGGCAAAGUUUGGAAACUCUGCACAGAAGACGGCAUGGCUUGAGCCGCUCCUUGAGGGAAAGAUCCGUUCGGCAUUUUUGAUGACAGAGCCCGACGUUGCUUCCAGUGAUGCCACCAACAUCCGAUUCGAGAUGAAACGGGAUGGCGAUGAGUACAUCCUGAAUGGUAGUAAGUGGUGGAGUAGUGGUGCUGGAGACCCGAGAUGCGAGCUUUACAUCGUCAUGGGCAAGACUGAUGCGUCAAAUCCGGAUGCCUACCGCCAGCAAUCCGUCAUUCUCGUCCCGGCCCGAACUGCCGGCAUUACCGUCCAUCGUAUGCUCUCUGUCUUUGGGUACGAUGAUGCUCCCCACGGUCACGGCCACAUCUCUUUUAACAAUGUCCGUGUUCCUUCAUCCAACAUUGUCUUGGGCGAAGGGCGAGGUUUUGAAAUCAUACAAGGGAGAUUGGGCCCUGGUCGAAUUCAUCAUACUAUGCGAUGUAUCGGUGCGGCUGAACGCGCUCUUGAACUCAUUCUAUCUCGGAUCCAUGACCCGUCCAAGACUCCUUUUGGAAAGAUGCUCCAUGAGCACGGUCACGUCAUCACCCAGGUUGCUCAAGCUCGCAUCGACAUAGAUGCGUCCAGACUUGUCGUUUUGAACGCAGCCGUCAAGAUCGACAAGGGAGGUGCCAAAUCCGCCAUCCGAGAGAUUGCAGAGGCCAAGAUCCUCGUGCCCAAAAUGCUCUGCCGCAUCCUCGACAAUGCCAUCCAGGUAUACGGAGGCGCUGGUGUAAGCCAGGACACGCCAUUAGCAUACAUGUGGGCCAGCGCUCGGACUAUGAGACUUGUUGAUGGUCCUGAUGAGGUGCAUAUGCUCCAGCUGGGUAGACGAGAGAGCCGACGCGCAGAGGCUGUUAGAGCUCGACUGCAGGCACAAAAGGAGUUGGAGCAGGAGUUGUUCGGCGCGUAUAAGCUUGACAAAGUUGAUGCUCUGCACAUGGGGUGGACCAGCGACACGAAGCCGAAGCUAUAG